CGGGGCCGCAGUCCAGCGGGGUUCGAGGGCUGUGUGAGACAGCACCGCUGCGAUGGCGUCCUAUUUCGAUGAACACGACUGCGAGCCGUUGGAGUCCGAGCAGCAGGCCCGAACCAAUAUGCUGCUGGAGCUCGCAAGGUCACUUUUCAAUAGGAUGGACUUUGAAGACUUGGGGUUGGUAGUAGAUUGGGAACAUCACCUGCCUCCACCUGCUGCCAAAGCUGUGGUUGAGAACCUUCCUAGGAGAGUCAUCAGGGGCUCUCAGGCCGAGCUCAAGUGCCCCGUGUGUCUUUUGGAAUUUGAGGAGGAGGAGACUGCCAUUGAGAUGCCUUGCCAUCACCUCUUCCAUUCCAGCUGCAUUCUGCCCUGGCUAAGCAAGACAAAUUCCUGCCCCUUGUGCCGCCAUGAGCUGCCCACUGAUGAUGACACUUACGAGGAACAUAGACGAGAUAAGGCUCGCAAGCAGCAGCAAAAGCACCGACUUGAGAACCUCCAUGGAGCCAUGUACACAUGAGGUGCCUGGGGCUGAGUACCAGUCCUCCACAUCUUUCUCUUGCACCUCAAAUCCUCAUUAAAAUUUCUUUACCCACCCUGCA